AUGCAGGUAAAGUGGGAUAUAGUGGCUUCACUGGCGAAGCGUAUCAUUAUUCCUACGACAGCCUCUACCACCCCUGCUGAAGUCGCAGAGCGUCAACGAGACCCAUGGUCUCAAUCGGGCAAAUAUGGCCAGGGUUGGGUCUACUUCUCCAUUGUCCUACUCGCUCUUGCAACCAUCAUUCGGUUCUACCAUGUUUGGACCGAUAAAAUGAGAAUCGCAUUGUACAAGGAAGAUCUGGCGGACGCAACGCAGGGCAAUUCUCCCCAAGACGAGUAUGAGCUUCCAAGUGCCGCCACCGACAGCUCCACUGCACAGUUCUUUCCAGCCCGUGGCCCUCUACCCGGGGUCAAGAAGCAGCAGUCAUCGAUCUCAACCAUUGCUCCGUUGAAUAAUACAGUUGCCUUCUUGCGAUGGAUAUUCUACCAGCCUCUCCCAGUGCUGCGGAUUGGGACGCUGCGCAUCGUUUUUCCGUCGCUGGGAGCUUCUGCUGUCGUGCUCGCAGCGUUGGUCUUCGUAACGCUCUACUCUUUCGUACCGCAGCCGCUGUACUACUCAUCUAUUACCAUUGGAUCUCCGCCGUUGGCCAUUCGCGCCGGCAUGAUCGCCGUAGCCAUGGUGCCUUGGAUUGUCGCACUCAGUACUAGGGCAAAUUUCAUCAGCAUGCUUACUGGUUUCGGUCAUGAACGUCUUAACGUGCUCCAUCGGUGGGCAGGCUACCUGUGUCUGUUUUUGAGUUUGGUACACACAAUUCCAUUCUUCGUCACGCCGAUCUGGGAGGAUGGGGCUCUCAUAUGGUACCAACAAUACCUUCCGCGCAACGUUUGGGUCUACGGGACAGGUCUGGCUGCGCUGGUGCCGCUGGUAUUCCUGUGUAUCCAUUCACUCCCCGCGCUUCGAAGACGGAUGUACGAGCUCUUCCUGUUCAUCCACAUGCCGGUCUCGCUCGUCUUUGUUGCCAUGCUUUUCUGGCACUGUAAGAACUUUUUGGCAUCGUGGAACUAUUUGUGGGCCACCAUCGCCAUCUGGGUUCUGUCGUACGGUGUGCGACUCUUUUAUCUCAAUUGGACGAACCCUUUUCGCAUGUCUUUCAUGAUAGGAGAGGAGUCAGCAGUGACCAUCCUCCCUCAUAAUGCCAUCAAGGUAACCGUUGCCACCACGAUGCGAUGGAAACCAGGCCAAUACGUCUAUCUCCGCAUGCCCGGCAUUUCCCUUCUCGGUCGACAUCCUUUCACGAUUGCGUCCUUGUGCAGUGAUGACUUUCCCUCAGAGUACGGGGAAAACUACCGCGACCUCGCCCUCGUCUUCCGUCCCUUUGGCGGCUUCACACGAAAGGUUUUGCUGAAGGCCUUUGAGUACGGGCCGUACAAGACGUGGACAGCGUUCCUAGAAGGUCCCUACGGAGGCAUGCGACGGGAAAUGGCCGCCUUCGAUGACGUGAUCUUCUUCGCUGGCGGGAGUGGUAUCACGGCGAUUGCGAGCCAACUGUUGGAUUUGAUCAAGAAGAUGCGUGACGGGAAAGCUGUCACGAAGCGGGUCCGCGUAAUCUGGGCUCUGAGAAGCCCGGAGGCUAUCGAGUGGUUCCGAGAAGAAUUGAGGAUUUGCAGAGAACAUGCGCCCCCAAACACGGUGCACUGCCAUUUCUUCCUGACGGGACCGACGCAAGAUGACUCCGGGCAGCAGCCUGGCCAUGACAUCGUCCAGGAAAAGAUAUACAACAUGCUUUCCGGCAUGGAUAAGCGGAACUCGGCAUACAUCCGCGAAGAAGCCGCCGGCGAUCUCGAGCGCGAAAAGGAGCUCCGUCGCGAAAAUGAAGACGCUAUCACGUCCUUGCCCCGAAUCUACACCUCCCCCGUCAUUGGCAGUCGGCACUUUACAUCGUUGCCCGGUUUGCAGAUAAACCCUGGCAAUGUUCCUUUUGACUUUGGAUUCUCGAACACCCCUUCUCCACCGCAGAAAUCGACGCCUAGGUUUGCGUCACUUCCCUUGCAGAGACGGGAUGGCUGGCGAAUCGACCAUGCCCGACCAGAUAUCCCGCGCAUGCUCACAGAAUACUCGCAGACAUUUGGCCGCCGGACCUGCGUCUUUGUCUGCGGGCCUCCGAACAUGCGGAUUGAGGUCACGAAAACCGUGGCGCGGCUCCAGCAGCAGGUGAUGAUGGAUCCGCGUAGAGAUGAAAUCUUCCUGCAUGCCGAGAACUACAAUAUAUGA